UUGUUGUAGACUAAUCACUCAGUUAUGCUUCACUCUCUCUAUUUUUUUUGAUGUUCAUAUUAUUAAAUUUUUUAUUUUUUGUGUUCAAUAUAUGCAUUUCUAAAGCUUUAUAGGGUCCUUAAAAAGGAUGACGUGUGUUUUAGUUUCUGCAUUAAAGACUUGUCAUCCUAAAAAAUUUGCAAUAAGAUUUUUAACACUCGCUGGUUGUUCUAAUAAUUCAUAGAGAUACCUACCUAAUGUGGAUUAUAGUUUGUAUCGAAAGGGAAUUGGCAUGCUUGGAUUAUGCCAAAUUCUCUCAGAUCUACUCAAAAUACAUGGAGCACCAGACACGAGUUUAAUGGGGUAAGUGUGGCGUGACACUGCAUGCUAACCUAAAGGGUUUUAAUGACAAGUGUCAUGAAUGAUUUUUUUUUUUUCCCAUUAUAUAAGAUGAAAAAAGGUUGCAAGUUUUAGUUCGGAGUCUAUCAGUUCCUAGGUUGAUAAGAAGAGGGAGAAUGGAAAACAGGGUGAAAGGUGACAGUGGUGACUGCCGUCGGCGACCAAGAAAAACGAUCUCGUCAGUAUUAGGCACAAGCUUGAAGAGUGGCAAUAAGAAAACAUCCAAGGCAGACAGCACUUGGAGCCAAUGGUCCGACCUUCCAAUGGAUCUUCUAACUAAAAUCUCUAAAGGUCUCUCUGUUGCAGACUACCUCUCAUUUGGUCAUGUCUGUAGAAAUUGGAGGUUAGUUACUGCAGCAUCCAAACAGGAGUUCUUAGAAUCUCAGGCACCCAUGGUUGUGGUGAUAUCAUCACGUGCCAAGAAAACCUGUUUCUUCUUUGACAUGUCUAGCCGAGACACAUACAGGACUGUGCUGCCUAAGUUUUCUGGUAGAGUCUGUGUUGGUAUCUCAAGUGGAUCCUUGAUCAUGCAAAGCACUGAUCUUAUGUUAACAAAUCCAAUGACAGGACAAAAACUUGAAUUUCCUAGGCUGCUCCAGCCUUUCCCCGACCGUGCAUGGAUGAGUGACCGCUGCAUCCUUGCCUUUACCAUGCCUCAUCCAGAUUUUCUGGUUGUAGCUCUUUCUUCGAGGAAUCAAAAUCUGCAGUUUUGCCGAUCCAGAGAUCACCAGUGGAAUUUCUAUUCAUUUGAAGAGAAACCUUGGGUAUUUGUGGACAUAAUUGCUUUUGGAUCUAGAAUAUAUGCUUUAACAAAUAAUUCUCAGAUAGGAGUCUUGUCUCUGAAAUCUCCUCCAACUGUGGCACUAUUAGAACUCAAAGGCAGACCUUAUUUGAGUCCUCAUGUUAAGCUUGCGGCUUCAGAUGAGCAUCUUCUGGUGGUUGAUUUUAUGCCUACUAGAUGGCUUCAUGUUUACAGGAUAGACUUGGUGAGCAGCCAGUGGGUGAAAGUGGAUGACUUGGGUGAUCAAACAUUGUUUUUGAGUUACAUGAUUCAUUUGCAGUGCUGCAGGAUACGCAGCGCAACCAGCUGGGGAGGUCGGCCUAACUGCUUAUACUACCUUGGAUAUAAGACAGCCGAAUGCAAUGUGUACUCCUUCGCUGGUGCUCUUAUUGAGAGUUUCCCAGUUGUUCCAGCAAACCGACUUCAUGCCAUCUCAGCUUUGAAGGGUUGGUAUUUUCCUCAUGAUUCCCAAAAAAUGGAUUAUGUCUGGGAUGACCAGUUUGGUGCUGUUUUAAACAACGCGUGAAGUACAAUGCUUGUGUUUUCUUUGCUUAGAACAAUGGACAAGGCCCUCUUUAAACCUUUUCUCAGGUUGAGUUUAUGUUUUAUGUUAAAAACUGGACAAGGUACCGGAAAACUUUUCUGGUAUGUUACUCUUCCUAAGUUUGUUGUAAUAUUUCCUGGUAUAUCAGGAUACAUGAACUUAUCCUGACAUUAUCAGAUUAAGUGAUUCUGCUGUUUGUGCUUGAAUUGCUCAGGUCUAUGUAACUUGAGUGCAGGUAGGUACCAA